GCUGGCGUGAUCCUUAGGUCUGCACACGACUGGUGGUUACAGCGGAGAUCUCUACCUAUACACUCCGUGGCGCCGGUGGCUUUCAUCAUACUUUCACCUCCGUCUUCCGAGCACUUUUUUCUCUUUCUCUAGGAAGGAGAACGCUCUGAUAUUUCAACUAGUUAAGAACACUAUUAAAUAAAUUAAAAUGGCCGAUUCCAGUGAUCUGGAUCGGCAGAUAGAGCAACUGAAGAAGUGUGAAAUAAUAAAUGAAGCGGAAGUUAAAGCACUUUGUGCCAAAGCUCGUGAAAUUCUCAUUGAAGAGAGCAAUGUUCAAAGAGUAGAUUCACCAGUCACUGUGUGCGGGGAUAUACAUGGACAGUUUUAUGAUUUAAAAGAGUUGUUCAAAGUUGGCGGCGACGUUCCUGAGACGAAUUACCUAUUCAUGGGAGAUUUUGUGGACAGAGGAUUUUUCAGUGUUGAAACAUUUCUUCUUUUGUUAGCCUUAAAAGUUCGUUACCCAGACAGAAUCACUUUAAUCAGAGGCAAUCACGAAUCAAGGCAGAUUACGCAAGUUUAUGGCUUUUAUGAUGAAUGUGUGCGUAAAUACGGAAGCAAUACAGUUUGGCGUCAUUGUACGGAAAUUUUUGACUAUCUGUCGCUGUCUGCCAUUAUUGACGGAAAAAUAUUUUGUGUCCACGGUGGGCUCUCUCCAAGUAUACAGACACUUGAUCAAAUUCGUAUUAUAGACAGAAAACAAGAAGUUCCACAUGAUGGUCCUAUGUGUGACCUUUUGUGGUCUGAUCCAGAAGAGGCUCAGGGCUGGGGUGUUUCUCCACGAGGAGCAGGCUAUCUCUUUGGUAGUGACGUCGUGGCUCAGUUCAACUCUGCUAAUGACAUUGACAUGAUUUGUAGAGCUCAUCAACUGGUAAUGGAAGGAUAUAAAUGGCACUUCAACGAAACAGUGCUCACAGUUUGGUCAGCUCCAAAUUACUGUUACAGGUGUGGCAAUGUGGCUGCUAUACUCGAAUUAAAUGAGCAUUUGCAAAGAGAUUUCACGAUAUUUGAAGCUGCUCCGCAAGAGAGUAGAGGAACGCCAAGCAAAAAACCUCAAGCUGACUACUUUUUGUGAAGUAUUGAUUUUUAUCGUAAUAUGAUUUUCUAGAUAAGAUAAAACAAUUUUUUAUGAAAGACACCAUACAUGCUUAUGGAGACGUUUUUUUAUUUGUUUGAAAUGCGCUAUAAUUUAUGACAUCAGAAUACAAAAGUAAGAGCUUCUUCUUGUUGGAUUUUUGCACCAAUAAAUUUUUGUAAUUCUUUCGUAGCGCACAUUCUUACAUUUUAUUUAUAAACAUUAACGAUUUUUGAAAUUCUUCCAACUUGGCAUUAUUGAGCCUAAUAUUAUGAUCUAUUCGUAAAUUUUUAUACCCAAAAUUACAAUCGAUGACUUAUUGUUCACACAUUAAGAAUCACUUAUAUGUGAAUAAAAAUCAAAGAAUUAAAAAAUGAAAUUUUUCUUGAAAAAUCAAUUCUAAAUAAUAAUUGAAAUAUACCUGAAAUAAAUUCAAUUUUUCGUCAUGUACUUUGCGCAAAUUGUAACAGCAUUGUAAUUUAUUUAAAAACUGACUGAAUGAGAAAAAAAAGUAAAGUCUCGUGUAAAGACAUAGUGUAAAUAACUCAUUUCUUCAACUUUGUGCACUGAUACCCAGUAUCCAUAUAUUAAAUUAAACGACGUUUUUUUUUUUCUAUCUA